AUGCCUACAAUUUUUCCCGAAUCAUUGAAGGGUCGGUGGGACGCUUUUCCAGGUUCUGACUACUCUAGAUUUAGUUGGGAUGAUAGUAUAUUGGACCUAGUUAGGGGUGAUGCAGUCCAGUUCUUACCGAGUUGGCAGAACAAGGAGUUCAUUUAUUUUGCCCUCUUCUUGAAAGACCAAAUGCAUUGGGUAGCUGUAGAGGCAGACCUGAAUGGGUGGAUGCUCAACAUCUUUGACUCCAGUAUUGGAUCAAUUUCCGAAAACGAUUUGAUCAGCUUGAUGGUUGACUGGUGUACCAUUUUCCCGUCGGUCUUGCGACAGUCCGGUUUAUUUGAGAACCAUGACGUUAUACUCGCGCCUCAGUUGACAGCAUCAGAGAGCCAGGUCAGACCCUUCGAUUGGAAACUCACUCCACGUGAAUUCGUACCGCAAACAAAAUCCAGUGGCGAUUGCGGAUGUUACGUAAUUGAGCAUAUUGAACAUAAGCUUCUACAACUACCAUUUGAUAAUGUAACUGACAAUAAUAUGAAACUUUUUAGGCAAAGGUGGAGUGUAGACUUAUUCUAUCAAAACUUAUGUUGA